CAAGGGCAACCGAGAGGAACCUCAGAUAUUGCGCAUGAUCUGCUUCACAUGGUGCACUCAUUGCUCGUUGCCUGGAGACGUUGCCAAAUUUCAUGCGUUCAUCAUGCAUUUCGAACGAGAAGUUCGUAUGGUCAGAAGGCAAUUUGCGUCGUCCUGGGUGCCAGCUCAGAACAUUGAAUAUUGUCAGGCAUUUGCAUCAGCUCCUCGAACGUGUUUUCUUCGCAGUGCCACGUUCGUGCCCUUCGCAGUAGCAGAGAACUUUUUACGCCAUACUUUCUUGCCAUCUGUACCUCCAGGCAAGCAAGCCAUAACCAUGAAGUGACACCCUGCGCCGCCGUGAUGGUUCAAAAAGUGUGUGCAGCUUUUUGGCGGUGUUGUCCGAUACUAGCCCAGCGGAUGAUUUCUUUGAAUCUCUUCGCAGUUGCGAGUGGUUGUUCAAUGCGUGGUUUCGCCAUGUUUGUGUUUGCCCCGACAUGGGUUCAGAUUCCAUUAGUGUGCUGUGGAACAGGGGCAUCAAUCCUAUAAUAUUGGGGGAAACUGUUGCCCGCCUUGUCCUCGGUGCCAGCCAUCGCACAGUCAUGGGGGGCGGGGCACGGCAGUGAGUAUGCACAUUGGGGAUCUUGUUGUUUGUCCGGGUCUGCCAUCGGUCUUUCAUUCGUUACAGAAAGCAGCAAGAAGCAGAACUGUAACAGUGGAAACUGGAAGCUGCAACUGGUACAGGAAACUGCGAAUCCUCGGAUUGUCACGAGAUGCUGUUUUAGCAAGGUGGCAUCGGCCCUGACAUCUUCGUUGCCCAUGCGUCGUCCUCCUCCCCUAUGACUCUGUCUUCUUCCCCCUGCACCUCCCUUUCCCGCCUUCCACCACCUUCACCUUCAGUUGCAUCAAGAACCGUAGUGCCGAUUUCCCCCUUUCACUCGAAGCUAUGGCUGCUGACGACGGAGACAUACACAUUGGCACGAAUGUGCAGACGAACGAUGAGGUUGCUAUCAAAUUGGAGAAACUGACCACCAAGCAGCCGCAGGUGCUGUAUGAGUCCAAGGUGUACAAGAUCAUCUCGGGCCACCCUGGCAUCCCCGAAGUGCAUUGGUACGGUGUAGAGGGGGACUACAAUGUGAUGGUCCUCGACCUAUUGGGUCCAUCACUCGAGGACCUCUUCAAUUUCUGCGGCCGGAAGUUUAGCUUGAAGACUGUUCUGAUGCUCGCGGACCAGAUGUUCGGUCUCAUGGAGCAUGUCCACUCGAGGAAUCUCAUCCACCGGGACAUUAAGCCCGACAAUUUUCUCAUGGGCGUAGGGAAAAAUGACAAGCAGCUCUACAUGAUAGACUUCGGGUUGGCCAAGAAGUACAGAAACGCGAGCACACAGGAGCACAUCGCCUUCCGCGAGCACAAGAGCCUCACGGGCACGGCCAGAUACGCGAGUAUCCACACACACUUGGGCGAGGAGCAGAGCCGCAGGGACGACAUGGAGGCUAUCGCCUACGUCCUCCUCUAUUUCAUGCGCGGCGGUCUGCCUUGGCAGGGUCUGCGGGGCGCCACCAAGGAGGAGAAGUACAAGAAGAUUUUGGAGAAGAAGCUCAGCAUUCCGAUCGAGGCCCUCGGGAAAGCGUUCCCGACAGAGUUUACGACCUACCUCAACUAUUCCCAGAACCUCGGAUUUGAGGACCGGCCGAACUACGCCUUCCCCCGGAUGCUGCUGAGGGACCUCUUCGACCGCGAGAAGCUCACACACGACAGUGUGUUCGACUGGGACAUCCGCAAUGAGCAGGAGAAGGAGGAGCAGGCGGCUCGUUACGGCGCUGGCGCGGGAGAGGUCGAGCUGGCCGUGCGGCUGCGAGAACGGGCGGGGAGCUGAAGCGCCUCCGCCGUCGCAGGCUGUGUGGGACUGGCCCCCUCGUGCCCCGGCCAGCUCUCUCGCCUCUUCCCCCCGGUCUUCCCUCCUCCACGGUCUCCCCCCCCCCCCCCUGCCUCCAGCAGCCGACCCUGGGCUCCCAGCGGCGCUCCGCGCGCGGUGCCCCGCCGCGGGAGGCGGCCGCCGCUCCGUCGGCCGCGCCCCGUGGAGGCCCCGGCCGCAAGAC